CUGUCGUAAUUCAUAGAAUAUCGCAAUGGGCUUGUCAGUGUUGAUGAGUCGCAUGGACCGUGAAUUCAUUGCCGAGUUGAUGAGCCCGUCAACAGUUGCACCGAAAAGUAUCGGCUAUCGAUGAAAUGCCACUUUCCAUCGAAAAAUGCUCUCGUAUCCCGCAACGAUGGAUCAUGGCCAUUAUGUCAUUUUUUGCCCUUUUCAACGCGUACACCCUGCGUAUUUGUCUGUCCAUCGCUUUAACCCAGAUGAUUAUUCCUCGCAACCAUUACGAAAACGCGUCUCGCGCUGAAACGUGUCCAGAGUACGGUGACUACGCGUCAAUUAUUAACGUAACCACCGUCACCAAAGGAAUCUUCAACUGGAGCGAAUAUACCCAGGGAGUCAUCUUAUCGUCUUUUUACUUUGGAUACACGAUAAGCCAGCUUCCGGGUGGCUUCGUUGCGGAAAUAAUUGGCGCCAAGCACACGAUAGGCUUGGCAGUAUUGUUCACGGCCAUAUUGACAAUCGCUACUCCGGUGGCAACACUUUGGGGGGACUCUAAAGCUCUGAUAACGAUCCGUUUCUUCAUGGGCCUCUGCGAAGGGGUCAUCCACCCCGCGAUGAGUCGCCUCCUCAGCUCGUGGCUACCCCCCCAGGAAAGGUCCACCAUCACCUCCUUCGUGUUCAACGGCAUCAAAUUGGGCAUUCUCUUGUCGUCGAUCGGAUCGGGUUUGAUUAUCGGAGGAUCGAGCGACAAUUGGCCGCACGUGUUUUACGUUUUCGGCUGCAUCGGCAUCCUGUGGUACUUCCUUUGGGCGCUUCUCGUUUACAACACCCCCAAAGAGCACCCGUUCAUCACGGAGCGCGAGAAAACGUACUUGCGCGAAAAAAUGUCGGGCAUCACUCACGAGGACGUACCACCGUUUCCCUGGAGGCACGCGCUGCUGUCCAAGCCCCUUUUUUCCCUGCUCCUCAUCCAAAUCGCCUUCGACUGGAGUAACUACCUCAUCGUCUCGGAUCUCCCGAAGUACAUGCACGAUGUCCUGAAGUUGCCCGUCAAAUUGAACGCCUACGCCUCGUCUCUGUACAAUGUGAGCGCGUGGGCUUUCAGCAUAUUCAUGUCGUGGCUGUCCGACAUCUCGAUAGAAAAGCAGCACGUGUCGAGGACAAUUGUCAGGAAAAUCAACGCGAGCAUUGCAGGUAUGGGACCCGCGGUGUUUUUGUUGCUUACCGUGUACGCGGGCUGCGACGUGAUUUUGGCGGUGUCCCUGGUAACAUUGGGGCUGACCUUCAGCGGCUGUUUUUACCCGGGGAUCAAAGUCAACGUGAUGGACCUCAGUCCCAAUUAUUGCGGGGUUCUCAUGGGCAUAAUCAACGGAAUCGGGGCGAUCGCCGGUAUACUGUCCCCUUACACCGUUGGCGUUUUAACUCCGAAUCAAACCCUCGAAGAGUGGCGGAUCAUAUUUUGGAUCGUGGGUGUGGUGUAUUUGAUCGGGACCAUCAAUUUUUUGCUGUUUUCCAGUGGUGACGUUCAGCCGUGGAAUGACCCCACGUUUUUGAAAAGGAGAGAAAGUAAUCGUCAAUUUUCGGAUGAAGGUAUGGGUUUGAUGUUGCGCGAGAAAAUUAACUUGUCGAGUGGUCCAACGUAAAAAGCCCCCACGUAUGUAUAUAUAUAUACAUAUACAUACUUAUGGUGGAACGAGUUUUACCUGCGAUCGAAAAGUCAGAUGAAUAUUUUCACUUGUCGCGCGAGUGUUGACAAAAUAUUUAUAAGGUCAGACCUCAUUUACAUGCAUAUCAGUGGCUUCGAAACUCAUCAAAUUACUAGGAUCAUUACAAUUAAUGUAAAACUUAUUAAUGUGUAACUUGUAUCCAGCUGCCAAUUAGAUAUAUCACGACAUACACUGUAUCGGGGGGGUUUUUUUUUUCUAUUAUCAAAUUUUACGCUUUACAGGUGCCAUAUAAUGUAUUCAAUGUACAGUGCCACAAAAUAUGAAUAAAUAAUUGGCAACACAAAUUAAAAUUUUUUUUUUUUUUUUUUAAAUGUUCAAUUCUUUAAAAAAUAUCAUUAUAAUGUAAGAUAGGCUGGAAAAAUAUAUUAGCCUUUUUAGACUAACUAUAUGUUUUAUGUACAUUAAAGUGACGGUCAGAAUACAAUGUUGAAAUCAGCUACCAAUAAUAUCUCGA